AACACUCCAACCUAGCCAUCAACUCUCACCCAAAACUCAACAACCCCACAUCUCAAAAAGUAGCUUUGAUUAGGUUGUUUUUCUCUAUCUCCAAAUACUCACAUAACAUGCCACAAUUUUGCUGCAAGAAAAGAUUGCACCACCGAUAUUUAAAGGUAGCUUCUUCAAUGGCAAUGCUUGUGUGGGUCUCUAAUUUGAUCCGUUCGUGGCCUCUGCUAAUGUAUGCUGUGAGUUGGGUGACGGUAAUGACGUUUACGGUGGCGGUUGCUUCACUCUCCACAGAGGUGGCUUUUGUCUCCGCCAUUUCUUCCUCUCAUACGUGCAAAAGUAACGAUGGUGGGUCUUUCGUUAGAGUUAGAGUUCCGUUGGAAGAGACACCGUGUUUCCCCGUUCACCUUCUCACCAAAUCCAGCAUCGAUGCCAUCGUUCCACCCAUUUUUGCAGCAUUGAUUGUAGCUGCAUCUGCUUGCGUAGUAAAAGCUGUGGGCCUCUGGGAGCAUGACCAAACCACACACUCUGCUUUUCCCACUUAAUUUUUCCCUUUUUUUUUCUCGUACUAAAAAUAUUUGUCUUUUUUACCUUAAACAUAAAUAUGUUUUUGUUGUUAAAGAAGGUGUGUAAGACAUAAAUAUGUUUUUGUUGUUAAAGAAGGUGUGUAAGAAGAAAAGGGGAUUGAAGAUA